CAAGUAGCGAAUGUGCGGAAGCUGUACUAUCGGCGCAUUUUUCAACCGCAGUAUGCAGAUAUUCGAAUGACCCAAAAGAGGAUUCGUGUGUCUGGCGCUUAUGAAACAAUAACAAGGAUUGUCUUUUCAAAAAAAUCAUUCUCUUUCAUCGGUGGACGUUUACUGUUGGAAGACUUGCAUGGGAAAUGUUUCGCCGGCGUAUUCCCUUUCACCAGGUAGCCAUGGCAGUGAUAGUCGGGGUUGUCGGUGGCAUUUAUGUAUACAGACCGAUUUUUCACUCACCUGACUGGAUGCGCCGCUCCUCUGAGCCAAACCCCGGCGGGAAUCUGGAGGGCAAAGCAGAAGAAAAUGUUAAAGAUUAACCCAUAAUCCUGUGCUAUAAUUAUAAUCAUCAUCAUCAUCAUCAUCAUCCUCAUCAUCAUCAUCAUCCUCCUCCUCCUCCUCUUAAAUAAAUUACUUAGUCUACGAAACUUUUUUGCACGUUGUAGGAAUGUCUGUUGUACACUUGAAGACUCGAAAUCCCCACUUUUAAAAUACCCAUUAAUUGAUAAUGCUGCAUGUGGUCAAAGAACUUAAUUAUCAUCAUAAUUACUUCGUGGUGGGAGUUGUAAAUCAAAUCACGACACCUUGGAUAAAACUGAUUGCCAAAAAAUAUCUGUUAACGGUUUUAUAUUCUCUCGUAUUGUCAAAGUAUUGUUUGGUUUGAAGUUUUUUUCUGUCAAGGAGCUUCGGAGCUUUGCGAUGUUUACCCAGUGUAAAGUAGGCUUAUUAAAAUGUGUUUAAAUACAUGGAA